GACGAACGUAAUUGGAACAGAGGACAAGUAUAUGUAGGCCUCUCAAGAGUCAACUAUCACAUGGGAUAAUACUGAGGAAUCUGAAAUCGAAUCCUGGCUGUUCUUUCUCGGAACCAAACUUGAUCGGUUCAAGAAAAAGGCCAACUCUUGCCGAAUCCCCCCUGUUCCUCGGAGAGAGUCCUAAAAGGGAAGUCUUCAAUCUCGUUCUGUUUCAAUUUGAAACAAGAUUAGCUUGUACUUUGUCCUCAAAUUGCAUUCUCCGUUUCAUUUUGCUGAACUACAUGCAAGCUUGGAACUUUAGCUCCAAAAAAAGGCUUCAAGCUUUUUACCAAGUUGUACGCUUAGUUGAUCAAUCAUUUUGGGGAAUCAUCUGUGUUUGUUUAUAUAGCGAAUUGAUGAAUAUUGGUACAAGUUCUUUCAAGACCUUUUUGAGCAAUUGAUGUUAUGAAGCACUUCUGAGUCCAGCAUAUUAUAUAGAAAUGGAUCGACCACCAGACGAACUCGAUAGUUUCAUUGAUGGGCAUGUAGUCGAUGAUGGUGAUGAUCUGGCCUUUUCGAUUUUACCAGAGGAUGAUCUUGUUAGUAAGCUCACGAUUGACGACAUGUUCAAUAACUCUACCUAUAGCUACAUGUACGCGCCUCCUUUGGGCGCUGACCUCGGGAAGGAACCGGCCGAGGACUAUGAUUUUAGUGAUGCAGCUCUCAAGUACAUAAACCAGAUGCUUAUGGAGGAAGACAUAGAAGAGAAGAGCAUCAUGUGUCAUGAGGCCUUGGCGCUCGAGGCAGCUGAGAAAUCAUUCUAUGAGGUUAUUGGGGAGAGGUAUCCGCCAGCUGCAGAUCAACAUCCAUCACCUAAUCAAACCAACGAGAGCUCAUGUGGUAGUAGCGCUGGUGCAAUUAACUGGGUCGAGUCAGAGCCGAACUGUGGAUCACGAGAGCAUACUGUCCUCACCACGGUGUCUCAAUCCAUCUCAUCGUCAAUUGGCCAGUCAUUGGAUGGUGUCUACGUUAGUAUCAGUACCACUGGAGCCGUUGCUUUGCCUGGACUUAUUGAAAGUGAGUCUGUUAUGCAGUUCAAUGGCAAUGCUGAUGAAGCGAGAGAGCUGUUUGCUUUUGGAAAUGAAAUUCUAGUUAAUCUGGAGAGGGGUGAAUUUUCCGUUAAUGAAUCAUCUGAAGAGGCUACAAGUCUGGCAUUAAAUCUAGAGAACGAUGAGAACAUGUUUGCCGACUUUGGUGGAUACAGGGGAAGGAAAAAUCCUUUGCAGGAGGAUGGGAACUUAGAAGAGGGAAGGAUGAACAAGCAUUCAUCAGUUUACACCGAAUCAACGGUGAGGUCGGAGAUGUUCGAUAUUGUGUUGCUCAAUCAUAAAGGAAGCCAAGCUCCCCUUCGUGAAGCUCUGCGGAAUGCGAUGCAGAAUGGCCCACCGAAAGCGCUGAAUGAGGGGAAGACCCACGGCAAGAAGCAAGGCAGGCGCAAGAGGGAUGUGGUCGACUUGAGAACUCUUUUGACGCUUUGUGCACAAGCCAUUACUAUGGAUGAUCGAGCAAGCGCAGGGGAGCUGCUCAAGCAGAUCAGAAGGCACGCGUCUCCCACAGGGGAUGGGAUGCAAAGAAUGGCACACUAUUUUGCGAAUGGUCUCGAGGCACGCCUCGCCGGGUCAGGCUCUCAGAUUUACAAGACUCUCAUGGCUAGGCCAACAUCGGUUGUGGAUUUCUUGAAGGCUUAUCAUCUCUUUCUCGCAGCUUGUCCAUUUAAGAAGCUCUCGAAUUUCUUCUCGAACAAGACAAUAAUGAAUAUGGCGGGGAAGGCACCCAAGUUGCACAUCGUUGAUUUCGGAAUUCUCUAUGGUUUCCAAUGGCCUGGCCUCAUAGAGCGUCUCUCGUCAAGCCCUGGUGGACCACCUAAGCUUCGGAUUACUGGGAUUGAUCUGCCACAACCAGGAUUUAAACCAGAGGAAAUCGUUGAGGAAACUGGGCGACGCUUGGCGAGCUACGCCAAAACUUUCGAUGUCCCCUUCAAGUUCAAUGCUAUAGCAAAGAAUUGGGAUACCAUUAAUGUUGAGGAGCUAAAUAUCCAUAGCGAUGAAAUCCUCGUUGUUCAUUGCAUAUUUAGACUUCACAAUAUACUUGAUGAAACAGUGACGGCGGAGAGUCCACGAGAUGUCGUACUGAAUCUGAUCAGAAAGAUGAAUCCCAAUGUUUUCAUCCUGGGAAUCAUAAAUGGUGGCCACGGUGUCCCCUUUUUUGCCACGCGAUUCCGGGAGGCACUCUUCCAUUUUUCAGCUAUCUUUGACAUGCUUGAGGCAACUGUGCCUCGUGACGCCCCAGAGAGGUUGCUGCUUGAGUGUGAAAUAUUGGGGAGGAAGGCGAUGAAUGUCAUUGCCUGCGAAGGCUCGGAGAGGAUCGAGAGGCCCGAGACGUACAAAAUGUCGCACGUGCGAAACCUGAGGGCCGGGUUUAGGCAGCUACCUUUGGAUAAGGAUAUGGUGAGCUUGGCGAAGGACAGGCUGAAAUCUUACUAUCAUAAGGAUUUUGAGACUGAAGAAGAUGGGCAGUGGCUAUUGCAGGGCUGGAAGGGCAGGAUUGUCUAUGCGCUAUCGACCUGGAUGCCUGAUCGUUGAAUGUAUAAUUGCCCGUCGAAAGUAGAUAAGGAAAGAUUUUGGCAUCCUUCUUGUUUGUUGGGCUCGUACUGUUUCUACCGCAGUGUCGAAAAGGCAUUUCUAAAUAUGAAAGUUUGUUGCCAAUGAAUGCAAGUUUCGCGUGACAUGAGAGAUAUCCUGGAUUCAAAACCAGCUAUGGCGCAGGAGCGACUGGUCUUGGAGUCACUCUCAAAGUGAAUUGUGUGGUUUUCAUUUUAUCUUCCUGGUGCAGAUUACGUGAACUGGGAUGCUGUUGAUUUUGUGUCUGCAAUGAAGAAAAAUCAAGCUACAACCAUCAUCGACGUGAUCUGUUUAGAGAUCCAAUCUGGGGUCAUCUCUCCUGUUUCGGUUAGGGGAUAAGAUUUUCAUGAGCUCAGAAUCGCUUACAGAAAUGUCUCUGCCUUUGAGUUAGCCGUCCUGAGGUCCCAACACCUUGCUUAUUUUCUGCUCAUUCACUUUUAAUGCUGUCAUGCGUCCUUUCAAGCAGAUCCUAUGAGAAGCAAACCUGCUCAAUUUUUCCCCCAUCUAGUAUGGUCAAUUGGUGUUCGAGCUGGUUUACGCGCACACCGGUUAGUUGAACCUCCCGAGCAAGUCAAACGCAUACAAUUCAUGCUUGGUCUAUGGAAAUCACAUAAUGGUGGGAAAAUCCCAGACUUGGGAUGGUGAGAUGGAAACAGCAUCAGAAUGAAUCGUGCAGUGCAAUUUUAGACAUCAUUCUUGAUUUGCAGUCUCAUGGCGACCUAUCAGUUAGCUCUGCAGAAUCUCUGCUAAACGUUUGUUCUUUCUCUUUUUCUCCUUUCCUUCUUGUAAUAUUUCCCCCUUUCGUAUUUCAAGAAGUUCCGUUCCAUCCAA